ACGAUGAUUCAUAUCUCAUGGUAACAAUAAGCCAGUGAAGAACAUACUAGUAACUAGUGCAAUAAUUUCUUACAGACUAAUGGAUGGAAGCAAAGUGUUUCUAACCAUUGCCGUCCUCGGCACACUGCUGGUGGUGUCUUUGCUUGCUGCUAUGAAAGCCUUCAUUACUGACCCGACCAGCAACGACCAGCAACAAGCCACGGUUCCAUUGGUACCGGAAAUGUUUCGUCAGCGCAAAGAACUGAACGUCGAAAACUUCAACGCCAAUACUUGCUACGAACCAAAAAGUUUUAAACCAAAGAUCAUACUUCAAGCAAGAAAAUUGAGAUACGAUUUUAGAGCUAUGACUAAGAAAUUAAACAAGGAAAAGGUCGCCAUGGAUGACGCUCGUUUGCUAAGUUUGAUAAGAAACUACUGGAUUUAUAAUCCUUCUCUUAAGCAGUACAAAUUUUACGACCAUAGAAUCGACUAUUCCUCCGGUCAGUCAUCCCUUGUAGACAGUUUACUGAAUAACAAGGAGAAUGGCUUCUAUGUAGAAUGCGGUGCGUACGAUGGUGAGACACAGUCUACUACCCUGCUUUUUGAGAGAUACCGGAAGUGGCAAGGAUUGCUGAUCGAAGCCGAUCCGACGAGUUUUCAAAAGUUGAUGCUUAAACAUAGAAUGGCUUUCAUUUUAAACGCGUGUGUCAGUCCUUAUCCGUAUCCAUUGAUGAUGAAGUUGACAAAGAGAGGCAUUUAUUCGAGAAUCGAAGUCAACACAACAAGUCCUUUCACUUAUGUACAGUGUUUUCCAUUACAUUCAAUACUACUUGCUUUAGAUUUACAAGCUGUGGACUUUCUAAGUUUGGAUCUUUCUGGAAUAGAGUUAGACGUUUUAAAGACAAUGCCACUGAAAUCGAUAAAUAUAGAAACAUUAUCCAUUUCGUGUGAUCGAUGCAGUGACAAAAAUGAAACAGAUAUUAUUUAUUACCUGAAAUCCAACAACUACAAACUCGUCACAAAAAUUGAAAAUUACGACAUGCUAUCAAGGGAUUUGAUAUUUAUUCGGAAACAUUCGAGCGCGUGAAGGUGUGUUGUUGUUGAUUUUUUUUGGAAACGAACUGAAUAAAGACUAGUUAUUUUCUCUUAAUACUUCAUCAAAAUAACCACUAUGAUA